AUGGCAUCUUCCACAGCGUAUGCCGCCAGAGCAUUACGAGACUUGUGGCACGACAAGCAGAUUGGAGGACAGACAGCGGGAAAACAAGUCGUGUAUCACGCUUUACAAGAAGCUCCCAACGAGGUCACAUCGGAAACCUUCGUAACCCUGGAUGAGCACAUUGAGAAAGCUCAGGGCAAGCUUUCCAGUCUUCAGAUCCACAAGAAAAAGGUCCGCAUGGAGCUCGCAGCCCUCCAUGCGAAACCUUUACUGUCUGAGCUUCGUCGAGAUGUGGAUCGACUUGGUCGAGAUCAAGCAACAACCCGGAAAAUCUGGCUCACAAUGGAGGGGAAUGCUUCGAUGCCCGUGCCCGUGCAUAUGACAAGAGCACGUGCCGAAGAAGAUUGGAAGCGCUGGAAAAAACACGCUAGCAGUCGUGCUCGGAUCUGCCGUGACCUAUGGCGAAGGUGCUUGGAUGCGUUGCCAGGCGACACAGCUUGGGAAGAGCUCUGGCUGUCGGCAUCCCGCAGCCCUUCUCCGCCUAUUCAACCUUCUUCCCCUCCUUCCAACACCACCAACACCACCACCACCACCAUCACCACCACUCCAAUUUACCCUACCACCACCGCUUCCUCCUCCACCUUCGCCCCCUCUUCUUCCUCUAUCUGUCCUUCUUUCACCGCCACCGUCGCUCCGGUUUCCCACUCUUCGACUCGCACCUCAAAUCACUUUUUGAGUGGCAUGAAAGGUCGCGCGCCUCUCCCGGUCCCCUCCGGUCCUCAAUCACUCCAGAACGGUCAUUCCCGCAAUCCCUCCGGCUUCGACAUGGCUGCCCGCAGUCCUCCCAAUCAAAGCAAUACCAAGCAUGUGCCUUGCAAAUUCUUCCGCCAGGGUGCUUGCCAGGCCGGGCCUGCAUGUCCCUUCCUUCACUCCACUGAUGCAGCAAUAGACUAUGCGCCUUGUAAAUAUUUCACCAAGGGUAACUGCAAAUUCGGAGCGAAGUGUGCGCUGGCGCAUAUUCUGCCCGACGGCCGACGUGUCAACCGCCCCAACCCAGGAAUGGGACUGGGUGGUGGUCACCUAAAUUUGGGUGGUCGUGUUAAUCCGCAAGCCUACGUGAACCAGGAUUCUGCCUUGACCAACUCUGUUUUGUCGCAGCAGCGGAUGAACGGCCAUGAUCCAAGAUAUGCCCCUCAGCUUCCGCCCCAGUCACCACCACCGCAACCGUUGCCCUAUGAUGCGAUUCCUACUAUCGAUACUGGACUGACAUCCGACACUAAUUCCAAGUACGGGUCGCCUGUCGACGAUGUACGAUAUCCCAUGUCACCAAAUCACCGCCAUCUGACUGCACUGGAUGCUCCCCUUCCCGCGUCGUUUGACAGCCAAGGCAUUUCGCACGCGGCUCGGUAUGGCCCGGUUGCGGCUUCCAUGCCUUCGAAAUUCGGGUUAGAACUGUCGCCUCCAGCACAACGAAUGGGCGCACCAUCAGAUGCCCUUCGAACCCUUCGGGACACGGCUUACGGAUCCGAUCUCAGGAAAUCAUCUUUCAUUGGGUCAUCGCCCCCUACCCUACCAGAAGAUGGAAUGGGCCCCCGCUUCCUUCAUUCCCAACGCCCCAUCAAGACACGAAUGCUCUCGGCAAGUGUGCCACGACCCACCGCUCUGGAUGACUGGGACGAUAGCAAUUUUCCAAUGGAAGAAGACUAUCUGCCGAUCAACUUACACGACGAUGUUCUUACCCCGCAGGAGCGACUUCGGCGCCUCUCGCGCACCGAUCAUGAUCUGAGUUCGAGCCAUCGCGAGCUCAGCGGACUGGGCAUGACUGGCACCAGUUUUUCCAAAGUGGGCUCUCCCUUGGCUUCCAGCCCAUCCCGAUUCGGGGCUUUGUUUGCCAAGCAGCGGCAGAAGCGAGAGGAAGACGCCCAUGGUAGUGCGUCUCUGACACACAUUGGCUCACCUUUGCGGGAGUCUUCGUUGAAUCUAGGCACCAGCCCGAGCCUGGGCCCAAUCGGCAGCCGGCAGAUCUCUGGAGACAUCUCUCCGUUCGUGUCGAGUGCCCCUCGCCAACCGUCGAUGUCCAUGAUCUCUCAACAGCUCAGUGGCAUGUCUCUACACCCCGGUCCCCCUCGCCAUUCGGCAUCUGCAGGCCCUAGCAGCCGUCUGGAUCGUACCAUCUCAUCGCCGGUCAGUACCAGCAAGAUUGACGAAGAGCAAAGUGACUUGGUUUUCUCCAUGGAAGAAGAAGAGAACAACAAGCGAAACAGCAGUUCUUGGGAUUCUCACAAGGCGGAUUCAAAUGACGAUGAGCCGACUUCCACGAACAACCCAGAGUUCCAGCCUUAA